AUGGGAAUGUCUGGCUCCCUGCCACAAACUAGUCUGCUGCUAGAUCUCGAACGAAUACCGCACAACCAAUGUGACGAAGGAUGCGAACACUACACUGAUCACGUCGGCAUGCAUAUGUUCGGCCAUAUCAAUCUGGUCCUCAAGACUUACCAUCACCUCUUACGCGAGGAGUGGCGCAAACGCAAUUCUCCAAAUGAACCCGAGCCUCUGGUUUACGAUGAGUAUAAUCCACCGGCACGCUACGUCCGGCUCUUCAACAUGGCUAUGGAUUUCGGCAGCCGACCAAACCAUCGCCAUGAAUCCACACAGACGUUAUCUGCUUCUUGGGUCUCCUUCCUAGAAAGGCUUUGCCGCUUCGAACAUCUAGUGGCCAACUGGAGGUCGAUUGUUGGCCUCACCCUACCACACAUUCUCGACCCAGGCACCGACUGGGAUGAACCAAAACCGAUAAAUGCGGAAACACUGACUCAAAUCGUAAAUUCUGCCCUGGAUGAGCUAGGACCCGCAAACUCGCCCACUGCCGAAGACACCGACCCCGAUUGCCCCAUUUGCUUCGAUCCCUACAACACCGCAGACAGACACCGUGUUAGCACCAAAAAAUGCAACCAUUCUAUGUGCAUGUCCUGUGUUACUGAGUGGACGACCGGUGAGAAUGAAAAUGCCAACAAGUGUCCCUUCUGCCGUCGCGAACUCUUCCCGCGCCGUCUCACCCCUCGCCAAGAAACCCUCGCUCAGAUUGCCACCGAAUCUGACGGCGCCUUCCGGGCCUCUCUACUCCCGCUUGUACGCGACGCGGACACGCGUCGCAGGAUAGCUGCAUGGAAGGGAUGUUUCGCGCCGUUCAUGGAGGAGAUGGGGACGAAUAUGUGGGAUUUCGCGUAUAUCCUGGCCGGCUUUGAGAUCACUUUCCGCAACGACGACGAUGACGGGCGCGUUGCGAUUGUCGCAGCGAGGAUGCAGGCGAUGCUGGAUCAUGUGGAUCAUUUGGUUGCGGGGUUUCUGGGGAGGAGGGAAUUGGCGGAGCGGUAUCGGGAGCGGUCGCAUGAGUGGGCGAAAAUUGCGCGUUUGGACAGCAUAGAGGAGAUCUUGAGGGGAGAGGGGGGUGAGUGA